AUGCUUAAAACAAACAAAUUCAUCCUAGUAACACAUAAAAUAAAGAUGGAUGCCAUUUCAGACGUCUACGUAGUCAAAGACACCCUCUAUUUGACGUAUAACAACAAGAAAUACAGUGCUACGAUACAAAGAAGUCUCCAAUCCUAUGUAAAAAUAGCGGAUGACGAAAACAUUGAAAUCAUCAACAAGGAGGCCUUUCUACGAUUGAGUAAGCAAUAA